AUGGAGGCCUUCGGCGGGUUCUUCGUGGACGAGAAGGCGGCGCGGGUGGAGAACAUCUUCCUCGAGUUCCUCAAGCGGUUCAAGGAUGCGGAGGAUGCGGCGGAGCCGUUCUACGACGUCGAGAUGGAGGCCAUGCGGUCGCGGGAGUCCACCACCAUGUACGUCGACUUCGCGCACGUCAUGCGCUUCAACGACGUCCUCCAGAAGGCCAUCUCCGAGGAGUACCUCAGGUUCGAGCCAUACCUUCGGAAUGCGUGCAAGAGGUUUGUGAUGGAGCAGAGGGCUGGUGAGAACCGUGCACCAAUUAUCUCUGAUGAUAGCCCCAACAAGGAUAUCAAUAUUGCCUUCUACAACAUCCCCAUGCUCAAAAGGUUGAGAGAGCUUGGGACAGCGGAGAUUGGUAAGCUCACAUCUGUAAUGGGGGUAGUUACAAGGACGAGUGAGGUCCGACCUGAGUUACUGCAAGGUACCUUCAAGUGCCUUGAUUGUGGAAAUGUGGUAAAGAAUGUAGACCAGCAGUUCAAGUAUACUGAGCCAAUAAUAUGUGUUAACGCAACAUGUCAAAACCGAUCAAGAUGGGCUCUUCUUCGUCAAGAUAGCAAGUUCACAGAUUGGCAGCGGGUCAGGAUGCAGGAGACAUCAAAAGAGAUACCUGCUGGGUCACUGCCUCGUUCCUUGGAUGUCAUUCUGCGUCAUGAGAUUGUUGAGAAGGCUAGAGCUGGAGACACGGUUAUAUUUACUGGGACGGUUGUCGCUGUUCCAGAUGUUAUGGCAUUAACUUCGCCUGGUGAUAGAGCAGAGUGUCGCCGGGAAGGUCCUCAGCGGAAGAAUGGGUCAGGUGUCCAAGAAGGUGUUAAGGGCUUGAAGUCACUUGGAGUGAGAGAUCUCUCGUAUCGCCUUGCUUUUGUGGCCAACUCAGUGCAGGUGGCAGAUGGAAGGAGAGAUGUGGACAUUAGGGACCGUGACAUAGAUGGUGAUGGCAGCGAGAGACAGAAAUUCACUGAUGAGGAGGAGGAUGAGGUUGUUAGGAUGAGAAACACUCCUGAUUUUUUCAAUAAGAUAGUUGAUAGCAUAUGUCCUACUGUCUUUGGUCAUCAAGAAAUAAAGAGGGCACUCCUCCUUAUGCUUUUGGGUGGUGUUCACAAGAUAACACAUGAAGGCAUAAACCUUAGAGGCGACAUCAAUGUCUGCAUUGUUGGCGACCCAAGUUGUGCAAAGUCGCAGUUCUUAAAAUAUACUGCUGGUAUUGUUCCACGAUCUGUUUACACAUCUGGGAAGUCCUCAUCUGCUGCUGGUUUGACAGCAACUGUUGCGAAAGAACCUGAGACCGGUGAAUUUUGUAUCGAGGCAGGAGCACUCAUGCUUGCUGACAAUGGUAUAUGUUGCAUUGAUGAAUUUGAUAAGAUGGAUAUUAAGGAUCAGGUUGCUAUACAUGAAGCAAUGGAACAGCAAACAAUUAGCAUAACAAAAGCUGGGAUACAAGCAACUUUGAAUGCACGGACUUCAAUAUUAGCAGCAGCAAAUCCCACAGGAGGACGUUAUGACAAGUCAAAACCACUUAAGUACAAUGUGGCAUUGCCACCAGCUAUUCUUUCAAGAUUUGAUCUGGUAUACAUCAUGAUUGAUGAACCUGAUGAAAAUACUGACUACCACAUUGCUCAUCACAUUGUGAGGGUCCAUCAAAAAAAGGAAGAAGCACUUUCCCCUGCAUUUAGCACUGCAGAACUGAAGCGCUACUUUGCUUUUGCAAAGUCUUUGAAACCUCAGCUGAGUUCAGAAGCAAAGAAAGUUCUAGUUGAGUCGUAUGUUGCCCUCCGUAGAGGUGACAGUACUCCUGGUACCAGGGUUGCUUACAGGAUGACAGUUAGGCAACUAGAGGCAUUAAUUAGGCUGUCUGAAGCUAUUGCCAGAAGCCACUUGGAAAGAAUUGUUCUCCCAGCACAUGUCCGCUUGGCAUGUAAAUUGCUCAAGACAUCCAUAAUAAGCGUGGAAUCAAGUGAAAUUGAUCUCUCUGAUUUCCAUGAUAAUGAAGAUGCAAAUGCACCUGCUAAUGAUCCUGCACCGCCAGGAGAAACAGGUGUUAUUUUAAAUGUCAAAACUCUUGAAGAUGACGAACCAGCAGAUGCUGGUAAGAAGAAACUGGUUAUCACUGAAGAACAUUUCCAGAGAGUCACACAAGCUUUGGUUAUGAAACUGCGGCAACAUGAAGAAUCACUCAAGAAAGACGGGGAUGGUCUGGCUGGCAUGAAGCAAGGGGAUCUAAUAAUCUGGUACGUUGAGCAGCAGAAUGCCCAAGGUGCAUAUAGUUCAACAGAUGAGGUGAAGGAAGAAGUGAAGUGCAUCAAGGCCAUCAUAGAGAGGCUGAUACAGAGGGAGGGCCAUCUUAUAGUGAUCGACGAAGGAUCAGCGGUAGCAGACGACGGUGCUGCUGCUGUGCGGAAAGUAGAGCACAGGAUCUUGGCAGUUAACCCAAACUAUGUCAUCGAUUAGUCAUAUGAAGAUGCAACUAACUCAAGGAUCCAUUUUAUGUUGUUAACCACCAGAGCUGAGAUUCUAGUGGAACCCCUGGUGUGCAAUUUUAUCUAGAAAUGUUGUACCAUCACCGUCUCUGCUGUACCUGCAGGGAAACACAUGAUCUGCAGAGUUCAGAACCAUGGCACUGCGUUAGCGCCUGUAGUGUAGUCUGAUUGUGUAUUUUUCACUGCUUCAGGGUUUAUGUGAAUUGUAAGA